AAGGAACCUUUGGCAUUAUCGCAGAGAAUGUAGCUAAUUUAAAAACAAGUGAAGAGAAAGAUAUCAAUUUGAAGAACAGUAUCAAAGUUUCUAAAAAUAUAAUCCCAUUCUGGAUAUAGAGUUUUUUUGCUGAGCAGUUAGUACUUUCUUACCAGAAAUUGGAAAUUUUUUUUUCACGACUAGGGUUGACAAAAAGCAGUUUUAAGAAAAAAAAAAAAAGUAAAAAAGAAAGAAAGAAAACGCAGAAGGAAACUAAAAGUAAAUAAAUGACGUCAUAAGGAUAAAACUUUAUCUGUGAGUAAAAUAAUUUGGAGUUAUUCAAGUAAUUACAUAAAACCGUGAUGAAACUACAAUCAUUAAUAAGAAGGAGAAUUCAACUUUCUUUAUGAUAAUUCAAUUGUAAUUGAUAAAUAACGACAAAUAUAAAAAGGGGAGUUUCUGUUAAUUUUUUAAUCAUGAUUAACCUUCAUAAGUGAGGCAUUGGAUUCACAACAACAUGCAUUUAAAAGUCUUUAUACUUCUUCUCAUCUUCACUGGAGCUGUUCAUGCAUAUCGUAGAGAAGAUGAUGUUGUGAAUGCAUCAGAUAAUGACGAAGAUGAGUUUAAUGACGAAGCCAGUGAUGAAACUGAUGAGUACGAUGACGUAAAUGACGAGGAGCAAUUUAACUCGUCAAUAUUGAGAAAAAGAAGAAGAAGUCGAAAAUGUACAAGAAAAACAUAUUCUAAAUGCACUGUGCGACAUAAUGGAUGUGGGUCAAAACAGUUUAGCAAGAUUCCCGGACCGUUUACAAGUGUCUUUAAACAAGCAUGUAACAAACAUGAUGUCUGCUACAACUGUGGACAGUUGAGGAGUUGGUCACAGAGACAGUGCGACAAGAGAUUUGAACAGGAUAUGCGAAAGAUUUGCAAAUGCGAGUACAAAAAAUGGUAUCAGAAAAUCACUCGUAGUAAAUGUUUGCUCUUUGCGAAAACAUACUAUGGAAUCGUAAAACUUGCUGGAAAGAAUUUUUACCUACGAAGAUCUCUUUCUUGGUGCAAAAACAACUGCGUCAUUCCACGAGGAAGCCCCCAUGUACCCUUUUAGAAUGCACAUAUGCAAGAUCAUGUAAUUACAAAGUUGUUUUUUUAAAAAUAACUCGAUGUUUAACUUUUAA